CUUAUACACACCAUCAAGAAUUACACGGAGAGAUUUCAAAUAAACUCUUCUCCAUCAUGCUGGUGCUCGGAGCUCUGAGAAGGGCUCAAAUGGUUCCACGGAGAUGCAACACCGUCAAUUUUCAAAAUGUAGCUCCCCGUAAUCUUUCCUCCGUCAGGCAAAAUUUUCGGAUCUUGGGCGUGAGAUGCGAGACGACCACAAGCAAAGCCGCCAAACCAACCGCCAACGCUGCGGCUAGUCCCAAACCACCACCACCACCACAGACACCCAGAUACGCAUACCCGGAAAAGCUCUGCAUCUAUCACGCCGGCACGCCCCGGAUAACCUUCCUAGCGUGUCUGAAGAUCUCGACGCUCUUCAUCUUCGUCUUCUUCGGCUUCGUCGUCACCCCGGCGUACUUUGACCGGGAAGGCUUAUCACCUACCGUACUCCGCACAAUGCUCUCGGCCAUCGUCCCGAUGGUCUUCGUAGCGUACACGACGUCGCCCUUCGUGUCCUUCAUCCACAUGCGGCUGCCGCCCGUGGCGCGGCAGUCGGAGGACAUGCUGCGGCGGUUCGCGCGGGCGAUCCCGGCGGACGCGGAGCUCGAGGUCACGACGAUGAGCUUCAUCGCAAAGCCGCGCGUCAGCCGCGUGAAGGCGUCGGAGCUGCGCCCGGUGUCGCGGCGCUUCGGCAUCGUCAACCUCGCCCGCGACACCGCCGCCGAGAACGCCGCUAGGCCCUGGUACCGCUUCCGCGCCGUCGGCCAGUUCAACGUCCAGUUCAACACCGCGAGCCGCGCGCCCUGGGUCUGGGAGAGCAUUAUGGCCACCAUACAGAAGCAGCGGGCUUGAUUUGCGAGUCCCGCUCUGUUAGGAUUUAGAGGUACUUGUGCUUUGGUAUUCCUGAGCCCUUGGGUGUCGCCGAGGUUUCGAUAGGAAAGGGGGCAUCAGGCUCUUUAGGUUUUCCGAAGUAAUUCGUGGCGGUAGCAAUCGUACACUCAAGGGGCGUACACCUCGUCGAACUUUCUAAUCCUAGCCAUGGCAUAUAUACGUGUGAUGUGCAACAACAUUCAGUAGGACUAUGCAAGACUACCUACCUAACCUUUCCAAAACGGUUUGCUGAGCUCCGAGUCAAUUGGAAGUCCAUAUGGCACGAACUAGGUGAUACAAUAUGUCAUAUAAUUAGCAACGCGUUAAUUGGGGUUAUGAGUCAUCUCACGAGAUGAAGCUAAAUGGUAUACAAACCUCAUUAUUCCAUAAGGAACUAUAAACUACCUAGCACCUAACAACAUACCUGUUAUGGGAGCAUGUGGCUACAAAUACUGAACAUACUCGUUGUUCCGGAAAAAUAAACUAGAAUCCUAAAGAGUGAGACCUGUAAUACCUCCCACAAUACUGAAACAUGAGUGACUUGGUUGAUAUACGGCGGUCAGGAAGGGGUUAUUCGCGAUGAUGCAGCUGAUCCGCGUCUUCGCUUCGGGGUGUCAAUGUCAGUAAGAGC